UUUCACAAUAAAGUCACCUGCUUCCUGCUGCAGCACAUUGAGGAGCCAUGUUCCCUUGGGGCCCAUGCUGCUGUUAUUGUCCCUCCCACCUGGAUCAUUAAGGUGAAGAAGCCUCAGAAUUCACUGAAAAAUUCAACCAGGCGGAAGAAAAGAACAUCUUUUAAAAGGAAAGCCAGUAAAAGAGGCAAUGAGGAGAACAAAGGACGACCUUUUGUGAUUAAGCCUAUCUCUUCCCCUCUCAUGAAACCCUUGCUUGUAUUUGUGAAUCCGAAAAGUGGAGGGAAUCAGGGUACUAAAGUGCUCCAAAUGUUCAUGUGGUACUUGAAUCCACGUCAGGUCUUUGACCUCUCUCAGGAAGGACCAAGAGAUGCGCUUGAAUUGUACAGAAAAAUGCCAAACCUGCGAAUCCUGGCCUGUGGUGGGGAUGGAACAGUUGGUUGGAUCCUCUCCAUUCUGGAUGAGUUGCAGUUGAAUCCCCAGCCUCCUGUGGCUGUGCUUCCACUCGGCACGGGGAAUGAUCUUGCUCGCACUCUCAACUGGGGAGGGGGAUAUACUGAUGAGCCUGUUGCAAAAAUUCUCUGCCAUGUAGAAGACGGGGCCAUCGUUCAGUUAGAUCGUUGGAACCUUCAAGUGGAGAGAAACCCUGAUUUGCCCCCAAAUGAACUUGAAGAUGGAGCACAGAAGCUCCCCCUCAGUGUUUUCAAUAAUUACUUCAGCCUCGGAUUUGAUGCCCAUGUCACGCUGGAAUUCCAUGAAUCUCGAGAGGCAAAUCCUGAAAAAUUCAACAGCCGGUUUCGAAAUAAAAUGUUUUAUGCUGGGGCAGCCUUUUCAGAUUUUCUUCAGAGAAGCUCUAGAGAUUUAUCCAAACAUGUGAAAGUUGUGUGUGAUGGGACUGACCUGACUUCCAAGAUUCAGGAGCUGAAAUUCCAAUGUAUAGUAUUUUUAAACAUACCCAGGUAUUGUGCUGGCACAAUGCCCUGGGGUAACCCAGGAGACCAUAGAGAAUUUGAACCUCAGAGGCACGACGAUGGUUACAUUGAGGUCAUUGGAUUCACCAUGGCAUCCCUGGCUGCUCUUCAAGUGGGAGGUCAUGGAGAGAGGUUGCAUCAGUGUCGGGAAGUGACUCUACUAACAUACAAGUCUAUCCCCAUGCAAGUGGAUGGGGAGCCAUGUCGGCUGGCUCCAUCGCUCAUCCGAAUCUCCCUUAGGAAUCAGGCCAAUAUGGUACAGAAGAGCAAGAGAAGGACAUCCAUGCCUUUGCUCAAUGAUAUCCAUAAAGUGCCACCUGCUGACCUGAGGAGAGUUUCAGCUCCCCCUGAUUCCUUUACCAU